UUGAGAGUGUCUUUAUUUCAAUGGAACAGCAGCAGCAGCAGAAUGAAUGCCCAGUUACCACAUGUCAUUAUUGUAAUCAUGGGGUUUAAACCAUGCAACUAUUCAUGGCAGAGCAGCUUGUUGGAGGUCUGUCAGAAUGGGAACACAGCAGCUGUUAGUCUGUUUAUCACCCUUAUUCUCCAAGUCUCCAUCUACCUUCCUCUGUAUUUAUGCAUCUGCUGCUGUUCUAUAUCUCUAGCUCGGCACCAUCAACACAAAAUUCAUUAUUUUAGCUUCUUAUAAGUUCAAGAAAAGCAGCCUUUGCCUUUAUGACUAAAGGUGGAAUGUGACAUGGAGAUCAAGGAACCUUGGUAAGCAGCACUGUCCACCUUCAGUGCCUGCUUUGUCUGAAACUAGUGUUCAUAUGAUUUGUACAUUCAUUUAGGAACAACUUUGCCUCAACACUGCGACUUCAUCCUACAUUAUUUACUUUCAGGAAGGCAUUUGUAUUAAAAUAACCUUUGGAGAUACAUUUGCCAUGUAUAAAGAGAGAGAUACUUUUCUCUAACACCUCUUCAUACUGCAUUUACCAUGGAAAGGCUUUGUUUCAUCCCGUUUACUUCCUGUGUGCAUUUCUCAGAAAUUACCCAGACUACUGAAUUCCAGUUUUCCAUACAUUUAUUCCAAUGUUUUUAUUGAAACCGUUUUGGCUUGUGCCAAGUGCAGGUGUCCAGCCUCAUUCCAAGGCUGCCCUGUGUUACACACUAACCAGCAGCCUUGCAAGCAGGGUCUGAGGGCUUGCUUGGAUUAUCACCAGUGCAGAACCAGAGAUGUCAGGGGAUCUGAGCCUUUACUUGUGGGUGAUCAACCAGAGACACGGGGGCAGUGCUGGCUGGACACUUUCUGCUACGCCAGCUCUUUCUGGGGGGCGGAUUGGGGGUGGAACAGCAGCACGUGGGCCAAGAGCAAAGGUUAACUUGUGUUCUUCCCCCAGCAAAAUUAGUGUUUCCAAAUUACAAUCCAAAUAUUCAUCUUUAAUGGUCUGGGUAGCAUUAAACCUGGAUUUCUAAGGAAUCAUAAAAUACACUUGAAUUAAGAUACCUGGGAAGUCUACUUGUAUCCACUGAAGGUAAAUUUUAGAAUUUAAAACAAUUUGAACAUUUCAGGUAAUGAUAAAAGAUUACUAUAAAAUCCAAUCUGGUUUUGUGGUAAAUCCAACCUUGACAUGUUUUACCACAGCUUGAACUAUUUUCUUCCGGACUACUUUUUAUCAAACCCAGAGAAAAGGCACCAUGAUACUGUUAAUUAUCAAACUGCUAGAUCCAGAGAACACUUGGCUUUCCAGAUACACAACUGAGGACAACUUUAAAAGUAAAGUGUCAAAACAUACAGGCUCCAAAACCUGACAUUUCAAUGUGGGAAAAAAAUCAGAUGCAAUGUCCUGGAACAGUUGCUGCAGCUUCAAGUAAACAAAAAUGGACUUCUUGGAACUUGAAUUUCUAACAGAGCACUCUAUUGGUCAUUCUGUGGGCAGAAUUUUGGAGGGAGGACAAGCAGGGCCAGAAACACUCCAUGUGGCCUUCACAAACUGAACAGUAAACAAGAAAAAGAUCUUGGUAAAAUCACUACAAUGACUGGAAACAAAAAACAAAUGAGUAUUCUGCACUACCUCAAGAAUGUUCCUUCAGCAAAAAACAAUCCCAUCUCUCUUAUUUUGUUAACUAUGAAUUUACUAAAAUCCUCCAGCAGCAGUUAUUUUUAAACUAGCACAAAGCAAGUGUUGAAAAAUAUUGCACUUGAAAUAGAAUAAGGACUGGAGCAAAUUACUAGUGAAAUAAAACACUAUGGCAAGCAAAAGCUUGUUAGAAAGAAGAAAUAGUAAAGACAAAAAAAAAGGCUCAAGACAUAAUUGUAUGUAAUGAAAUAAAAUCAAACACAGCAAAAGCAGCUUCCUUGUGCUUCAUCAGCCGAGAAAAACACCAAAACAGAACAGAACCCAAGUCUCAAACCAUCUAAUUUAGGCACCUAAAAUUAGGAAGCUGGUUUGCCGUACAAGUGGUGAAAGAGAAAGUAAAAAAGAAGGUUCUACAAAAACAAUUCACAAGUAAGGCUGAUUUACAGCCCAUGCUCCCACUCAGAGAGGUAACAUUAGGUCAUAGGAAUAUUCCUGAGUGAAUGAUCCCUUAUUCCACUCUCUGAGCACAAACAAGGAGGCUCUUCUGGGCACCCAGGACGGGUAAAAAGGGCCUUUUCCUCCCCACGGGCAGCAAGAGGGAGUUCUACCUCUCUCUCCCCUGAAUUCUACUGCUGUUGUAUUUCAUGGCAGACCUCCAGUCAUUUGCUAUGAAAGCUGAACUGAACCCGAGAGAUAAAAACAUUUUCAUCAUCUGGAAACAAUGAGGAAACUGUGAAAGAGGACCGGCUUGUUCCCGCGGGAGGCAAGGAUCAGGAGCAAAUGCUCCCCUGGCAGAGUGACAGGGUGAGGGACGAGGCUCCGGCUCCUUCAGCCUCGCUGCCCGCCCGGCUCUGGAGCCGCUCUCCAGCCCCGCAACAGGUGACCCAGGGCGCAGCCCGCGUUCCCAGCGCCAGCCAGGCUGCGGAACCAGCGCCGGGGGCUUUUCCCCACGGACAGAGCAGGGGCACCGCCAGCGCAGGAGAGCACACCCAGACAAAGGCAGCGCCCUGUGCGCGGCAGGCGGCGGCUCCGCGGGCUCCGAGGGCAGCGAAGCGCGCCCCAGCACCGAGAACACUCGGCUUUGCCGUUCCCUUAGGAACAUCCCCCGGACUCGCCGUGACCCCGCUUCCCCCCGCAUCUCCAUCAGCGGCAGCGCGCCCCGCCCUGCAGACAAUGCGGGAGCGGCCCGGGGAGGCCUCUGGGUGCGGUAGUUCCUGCCCAUCACCUGAUGCCGUGGGCAGGCGCAGCCGGGACUACAGCCCCCGCCAGGCAGCGCGCCCGCAGCGCGGCUGGUGCAAUCACACCUUAGCACGCCCCGGGGCCGGGGCAGCGCCGGCUGCCAGAAGGAUGGGUUUGCCCGGGACGCUUCCAGAGCACUAGCGCCGGCACUUCAGUCGGGGCCGGAGGGCUACAGCGCUAUUCGGAUGCGAUGGUGGGAUCUAUUGCUCCCGUGGUGGCAUCGGAACGCUGCAAGAUCUGUUGUAUCCAUUGCAAUUAAGUUUGCGGGAUCUGGGCAUGAGAGGAUCGAGCGUGUACGUGUAACUGUGCCAGCUGUUCGGCGUUUGUCCUGACCGCACCUCCUGCUCGCGUGCAUCUGACUAGCGCCCGGUUCCGACUACAAAACACAGCGAUCCCCAGCACUCGUAUCCUUAGCCUGGCUUUGGGAACAAGCCGAAGGACCAUGCAUCGGUUUGUGCUGGUUGCCAGGCAAGCUGCGGCGCGGCUGUGCGGGCCGGGGGGCUGCCGGGGCGGAAGGACGGACAUGGCUCUGCGCUGCGCCGCUUGGCUGGCGGCCGGCCGGCAGCCGCGGGGUCCCCGCCGCGAGGGGACGGUGCGCUGGAGCAGCGCUGCCAAGGCCUCCGCCGUCAAGAUCAACGAGAAGGCGAGCAGGGAGAAGAUCCUGACGCUGGAGUCCAUGAACCCGCAAGUGAAGGCGGUGGAAUAUGCGGUGCGCGGCCCCAUCGUUCUGAAAGCCGGGGAGAUCGAGAAGGAGCUGCGGAAGGGAAUCAAAAAACCUUUUACGGAAGUGAUUAAAGCCAACAUUGGAGAUGCACAUGCAAUGGGACAGAGACCAAUCACCUUCCUCCGUCAGGUGGUGGCCCUGUGUACAUACCCAAACCUGUUGGACAGCCCCAGCUUUCCAGAAGAUGCCAAAAAGCGUGCCAGGCGUAUCUUGCAGGGCUGUGGAGGAAACAGCUUAGGAUCCUACACUGCCAGUCAAGGUAUAAAUUGCAUCCGUGAAGAUGUUGCUUCAUACAUUGAAAGAAGAGAUGGAGGGGUUCCUGCAGAUCCAGAUAACAUUUACCUCACCACUGGGGCAAGCGAUGGCAUUUCUGCAAUUUUAAAGAUCCUGAUCUCAGGAGGUGGCAAAUCCCGAACAGGAGUGAUGAUUCCUAUACCCCAGUAUCCCUUAUACUCAGCAGCCAUCUCUGAACUGGAUGCCAUCCAGGUGAACUACUAUUUGGAUGAAGAAAAUUGCUGGGCUCUAAAUGUGAACGAACUUCGCCGUGCCUUGAAUGAAGCUAAGGCAUACUGCAAUCCAAAAGUCCUCUGCAUCAUCAACCCUGGAAAUCCCACAGGACAGGUGCAGAGCAGAAAGUGCAUUGAAGAUGUGAUACACUUUGCUUGGGAAGAGAAGCUUUUUCUUCUGGCUGAUGAGGUUUACCAGGACAAUGUGUACUCUGAAGGAUGCCAGUUUCAUUCUUUCAAAAAGAUUCUGUAUGAGAUGGGACCCGAGUACUAUAACAAUGUUGAGCUGGCCUCUUUUCACUCCACCUCUAAGGGAUACAUGGGCGAGUGUGGCUACAGAGGAGGUUACAUGGAGGUCAUCAACUUGCACCCAGAAAUUAAAGGACAGCUCGUUAAGCUGCUUUCUGUUCGCCUUUGUCCUCCAGUCUCAGGACAAGCAGCCAUGGAUAUUGUGGUGAAUCCUCCAGUACCUGGAGAAGAAUCUUAUGCACAGUUCAUAAAGGAGAAGGAAUCUGUUUUGAACAAUCUUGCCAAAAAAGCCAAACUAACAGAAGACAUGUUUAACAAGAUCCCAGGAGUUCACUGCAACCCCCUUCAAGGAGCUAUGUACGCUUUCCCACGGAUCUUUAUUCCUUCCAAAGCCAUUGAGGAGGCAAAGGCUCAUAAAAUGGCACCUGAUAUGUUCUAUUGCAUGAAACUUCUGGAAGAGACUGGAAUAUGUGUCGUACCUGGAAGUGGAUUUGGCCAGAGAGAAGGAACCUACCAUUUCAGAAUCACCAUUCUUCCUCCAGUAGAGAAGCUGAAGAUCCUACUGGAGAAAGUGAAAGACUUCCACAUAAAGUUUCUUGAAAAAUAUGCAUGAAACUACUGUGGCUUUUCCCCCCUCAUCCCCUCCCCUUCAAGGCAAAUGCAGACAAUGAACAAUGAUGUGCUAAGAAUGUGCUGUUUAUCUAAUUUAACUAAAUUCAGAAUAGAUAGAACCAGACUCAGAUACUGCUACAACUUAAUGGACUAUUAAAGUUAUAUCUGGUGUAGAAGACACUGUUACACCAAGUUUUUUUUAAGGGGAAGAAUGUGAAGAAAACGGUGAGAAGAAAGAGUCAGUAAAUGUUUUUGUGCCUUGAUUGAAAGUUACAUUUGUGAACUUUUGACUCAAUAGGUUGAGGAAGGGAAUUGCUCAUUAAAAUUACUACUGACAUGUGGGUUUUUUUACAAAACAGAAAUGCCAAGUUCAAUUGUUUAGAUAGGAAUGUGUUUCCCAUCUUAAAAUUCUAAGAAACAAAAAUCCAAACUCCUACAUUAUAGGUAUUGCUUGGUUUAAUUUUUGUUGUUUUUGUUGUUAAGUGUGAAGUGUUCUCCAAACCUGAUCAAGCGUGUAGGGACAGUGUGCUUAUUUAAAAAAAUCUUCAGCAGAUGUGUGCAGAUACCUUUGAAAUGUUGCUGAAAAGAAAUCCUGCCAUCCCAGUAUAGCUGGAAUAGAAUAUAUAGUUUUGAUCAGAGGAGUGAAUGUGGUGUCUGCUUGAACCAUAUUUUUUAUGAAAAUGAAACAUAACAAGGAAUACAAUCUUCUUCCUGUGCUAUUUAACACAUGAGAGCAUAAGAGCACUGAACGCUUCCUGCCAUAACAGCUCCAGGAGUCUCUUUAACCCACAUCUUUUAUACACAGGGAACAGAGUAAGUUACUGUCUCAAAGCAGAUGUGAGUACAGUCAAUCCUUUCAAGUAGGGUAAAACACAACCCUUUCAGAACUGCUCUGUCUUUGGGGAACAUUUGUUUGGAAACAUCACACAGCCCCUCUAGCUGGCUAAAAUCCAGCUGGAACCUGCAAAGACUGACACGUUGUUACCAGGAGAAAUGCUGGGGCUGAUUUCUAAUGAAGAGGAAGGUAUUGAAAGGAAAAUGCCUUGCACCAAGCAUAAAGAUAAUGCCAGUACAGCUGACACUUAAAUCUUCCACAGUCCUACUGCUGGCUGAACGAUCCUAAGUGCUUCUCAAAGCCCAGCUGAACAAGGUGGCUAUCUAGUACAGCUCAGUGACUCCACUAAUCUCUGCCAGCUUCCCUGAAAACAAGGACAGCUUCUCUUUCUCUAGAGCUGGAAGCUGGACACCUUCUGCUAGCUCUGAUAAAGGACUAAAGGAACAGAGCUUUCAGUAUUCAGAUAUGAAAGCAUUAGCAUUUGUCAGGCUUAGGCUCAGCAUUUACAGAGUUUAUUCAUCAAGAAUAUCACAUUCAAUCUAGUCAUUCAUUUUAAGUUAUUAUUUUGAAGUAAACUCAUUUUAAUGUCUACUGGCAUUUUGUGAGGCUGCUGUUGUAGCUGGUUCAACACUCUGUGCUAAUCCAAGGGCUAGAGAAACCCCAUCCAGAUAAACCUGUGCCAAUCUGUCGUGUGAGGUGUUGCCCAUAACUGUCCUUGUCACAGCAGCCCCAGUCCAUGACCCAGCAUGUGAGCUUCUCACAGUUCCUUCCUGAGGCCUGUGAGAAGAAUUUAUUCCUCUCAAUCACCUGCCAGGGGUCACAGGUUAUGGAUGAAGAUGGCAUGGCUGCUACACAAAGCUGCUGUGGAGGAUUGGAGAAAAAAAAAUUACAUUUUUCUCCUCAGAGCAGUGCACUUCUGGGAGCAGAGCACAGUGAGAACACCUAUGCUGCUGCCAUCCACUGAAAAAUACAACCUGUCAGCACUCUCCACUUGGCAUCCUUAAUAUGCACUAAUAAAACAAACCCAGAAAGCAAAACCGUGGGAGGAGGUCAGAAUAAUGAUGUGAAAAUAAGACAAACAGCACUUUCCUGCUCUAGGAAUGUGUCCAAAUCAGAUCUGGCUUUGGACUCUUACUGCAGUGUAGAUUGAAACUAAGAUCUAACAAUGGGAGUUAGAAUAUUUUUUAUAUUUUUGUAACUACAGCUUUUUCAUGGGGUAGUAUUUGUAAUCUAAUAAGUCAAUAGAUUUUAUAUUUGCCUUGCAUUUGCACCUGAUACUUCUGGAAAAAAAUGUAAAGGUUUACAAGUUUAUAAUGAUAAUUUACAGGUGUGAAAGGCUUUUUGUUUUAAGUCGGGAGAGCAAUUCUUACACUUUUGAAUCAAAAUAUAAUGGCAUAAACUGAGUUUUUUCUAAACAUUCUAUUAUGGUGCCUUUUCUGUUUCUGACAUUAUAAGGGAUAACAAUUUGUUCUUGAUGCAUCUCAUAUGGAAGGGUGGUGAUUUCUAUUGUCCAUCCACAAUAUUUGUAUGUAUUGUGAUAAGGUUAAUGUGCAUUUUUGUGGAACAAUCCUGUAAACCUAAGACAAAAAGGCUUUUUUUUCAUGUCUUUGAAAUAUUUCAUUAAUAACAGACAAUCCUUCCUUUCAAAUGCAUGCUUCUAGGUUUGAUCUUCCUCCAGGUGCUCCUUAUAACAGUACUUCAGAUGUAUGAGACUUCCAAAUAAUAAAGCACAUGUUAAAAAAAUGGUAA